AAACGAGUUAGAGCGUCCCGCGGGGUUUCCAUGGUGCAGCUCUCAGCCCCGAGUCCCUUUGCUUCCUCCGGCAGGCAACCCGUUCCUCCCCCAACAGUCGCCGCUUAGGGGAGGGGUUGGGCGAGCAAGUGACGCUCUAGGCGAGUAGUUCUCGUCUCUAUGGUGCUGAAUGCGCUCACGCUCCGCUCUCGCGCGUUGGGACGGACGUUGCCCCUUUAAUCGGCCGAGGGCGGUGCCGAGGAGGUCCCGCGAGAGCGGCGGGGGGCGGGGGGCGGUGCCGAGGCUGGGGGCCCGUGGCGGAUGGAGCCCGCGAUGGAGCCGGAGACUCUGGAGGCGCGAAUCAACAGAGCCACAAACCCUCUGAACAAGGAGCUGAACUGGGCCAGCAUCAACGGCUUCUGCGAGCAGCUCAACGAGGACUUUGAGGGGCCUCCACUUGCCACCCGGCUGUUGGCCCACAAGAUCCAGUCCCCGCAGGAGUGGGAAGCGAUCCAGGCCCUGACGGUGCUGGAAACAUGCAUGAAGAGCUGUGGCAAGAGGUUCCACGAUGAGGUGGGCAAGUUCCGCUUCCUCAACGAGCUCAUCAAGGUCGUGUCUCCCAAGUACCUGGGCUCGCGGACGUCGGAGAAGGUGAAGAACAAGAUCCUGGAGCUCCUCUACAGCUGGACGGUCGGCCUCCCCGAGGAGGUGAAGAUCGCAGAGGCCUACCAGAUGCUGAAGAAGCAGGGGAUCGUGAAGGCCGACCCCAAGCUUCCGGAUGACGCCGCCCUUCCCCUUCCUCCACCGCGGCCCAAGAAUGUGAUCUUUGAGGACGAGGAGAAAUCCAAGAUGCUGGCCCGCCUGCUGAAGAGCUCCCACCCCGAGGACCUCCGAGCGGCCAACAAACUCAUCAAGGAGAUGGUGCAGGAGGACCAGAAGCGGAUGGAGAAGAUCUCGAAGCGGGUGAGCGCCAUCGAGGAGGUGAACAACAACGUGAAGCUGCUGACGGAGAUGGUCAUGAACCACAGCCAGGGCGGUGCCGCAGCCCGGAGCAGCGAGGACCUCAUGAAGGAGCUGUACCAGCGCUGUGAGCGCAUGCGGCCCACGCUCUUCAGACUGGCCAGCGACACCGAGGACAAUGACGAGGCCCUGGCCGAGAUCCUGCAAGCCAACGACAACCUCACCCAAGUGAUCAACCUGUACAAGCAGCUGGUGCGGGGUGAAGAGGUCAACGGUGAUGCCACACCCGCCUCCAUCCCGGGGAGCACCUCGGCCCUGCUGGACCUUUCGGGCCUGGAUCUCCCUCCAGCGGGCACCACCUACCCAGCCAUGCCCACCCGCCCUGGCGAGCAGGCCAGCCCCGAGCAGCCCAGCUCCUCCGUUUCCCUGCUUGACGACGAGCUCAUGUCUCUGGGCCUGAGUGACCCCACACCCGCCUCGGGCCCCAGCUUGGAUGGUGCCGGGUGGAACAGCUUCCAGUCAUCCGAUGGCACUGAACCCCCGGCCCCGACUCCAGCCCCCAGCACGGAGAGUCAGCCCCCCACGCGGACGUCCCUGCCCACGAGCAGUGGUCUGGAUGACCUGGACCUCCUGGGGAAGACGCUCCUGCAACAGUCACUGCCCCCUGAGUCCCAGCAAGUGCGGUGGGAGAAGCAGCAGCCAGCCCCCCGGCUCACGCUCCGGGACUUGCAGAAUAAAAGCAGCUGCAGCUCGCUCAGCUCCGGUGCCACCAGCCUUCUCCACACCGUGUCCCCCGAGCCCCCUGGGCCUCCACAACAGCCCACACCGACGGAGCUGUCGCUGGCCAAUGUCACUGUGCCUCUGGAGUCCAUCAAACCCAGCAGCAUCUUGCCAGUGACCGUGUACGACCAGCAUGGCUUCCGGGUCCUCUUCCACUUCGCCCGAGACCCGCUGCCCGGGCGCUCCGACGUGCUGGUGGUGGUGGUUUCCAUGCUGAGCACCGCCCCCCACCCCAUCCGCAACAUCGUUUUCCAGUCAGCUGUCCCCAAGGUCAUGAAAGUGAAGCUGCAGCCGCCCUCGGGCACAGAGCUACCGGCCUUUAACCCCAUCGUCCACCCCUCAGCCAUCACCCAGGUCCUGCUCCUGGCCAACCCGCAGAAGGAGAAGGUUCGCCUCCGCUACAAGCUCCUGUUCACCAUGGGCGACCAGACCUACAACGAGAUGGGGGACGUGGACCAGUUCCCCCCACCAGAGACCUGGGGGAGCCUCUAGAACAGAGAGGGGCUGGGGAGAGGAGGGGCAGUGGGACCGGCCACCCUGGAGCCUGGGUGGGAGCCGGCGGUGGCCUAGGACACCUUCGGUUCCCAGGGCCACAUACCCCUGGGUCUGGUGCUUCUCCCCUCACCCCUGCGGCCCCCUCGUCUCUUGCCCCCUCCCCUGCUGCGCCAAACCCAGCAGGAGGCUGGGCCUGGGUUUGCACUGGGGACCCGCAUCCGGGUGGGCGCCUGGAGCGGGAAGGGGCUGCACGGCCCCAGAAGGACUUGGGGUCGUGGGGAGAAGCAUGGCUGUUGGGCAAGGCCAGGCCCUCAGGCCCAGCGCCGCCCUCAGCCUGGGGAGGGGUCGUCCCGCCUGUCUCUUAUGCCUUAUGGGAAGGCCCAGCCAUAACUCGGGGCUAUGCUGGCGCCGGGACCAGCUCAGGCCUCCUCUGUAGGAAGCGGGUGACUGGGGGGGUGACACCUGCACCCCCAGCUCUUUGCACUCUCGGUGUGUGGUUUUGACUCUCUUUGCUUUUCUUGCUGGGUGGCCCCGUGGUCACCAUCUCAGGGGGCACCGUGGGGAGAGCCCCACUGGUCCCCCACUCCUCCUGGGGAUCUCACUCCACUCGCCUGGCCUCUUUGCUGUCAGGCCUCCCCGGGGGACUGUGCUGGCCCACGGGUCAUGCCAGAGGUGGGUGCCCCAGCCAGGGACUUCCGGGCUCCUGGUCAGGGGAGGUCCUGCCCUGGAGUUCCCAGCGAGUGUCAUUCAUUGGUCUCUGUCCGUCCAGCUGUCCAUGGGCAGAAGUGGGGUCAGUGUGCGAGUGAGGGCAGGAGUAUUUAUGGAAAUAAAACGUCCUUUUUCCUGGA